AUGUCCAAUGUGGUUGUGGAUAUCGUGUCCAAUGUUGUUGUGGUUAUUGCGUCCAAUGUGGUGGUGGUUAUCGUGUCAAGUGUGAUUGUGGCGAUUGCGUCCAGUGUGGUUGUGGCUAUCGUGCCCAGUGUGGAUGUGCUUAUUGUGCGCAGCGUGGUUGUGGUUAUCAUUUCCAGUAUGGUUGCAGUCAUGGCGUCCAGUGUGGUUGUGCUUAUCGUGUCCAGUGUGGUUGUGGUUAGAGUGCGCAGUGUGGUUGUGGUUAUUGCGUCCAGUGCGGUUGUGGUUAGUGUGGUUGUGAUUAUCGUGCCUAGAGUGGUUGUAGUUCUCGUGUCCAGUGUGGCUGUGGUUAUCAUGUCCAAUGUGGUGGUUAUUAUUGUGUCCAGUGUGGUUGUCGUUAUUGUGUCCGGUGGGGUUGACGUCAUCCUGUCCAGUGUGGUUGUGGUUAUCAUGUCCAGUGUGGUUGUGGUUAUCGUGCCCAAUGUGGUUGUAGUUCUCCUGUCCAGUGUGGCUAUGGUUAUCAUGUCCAAUGUGGUGGUUGUUAUUGUAUCCAGUGUGGUUGUCGUUAUUGUGUCUGGUGUGGUUGACGUUAUCCUGUCCAGUGUGGUUGUGGUUAUCGUGCCCAAUGUGGUUGCGGUUAUUGUGUCCAAUGUGGUUGUUCUGGCCCGGAUAGCAUAUGCGGUUAUUGUUAUCGUGCACACUGUGGUUGUGGUUAUCGUGACUAGUGUGGUUGUAGUUCUUAUGUCCAGUGUGGCUAUGGUUAUCAUGUCCAAUGUGGUGGUUGUUAUUGUGUCCAGUGUCGUUGUGGUUAUCGUGUCCAAUGUGGUUGUGGUUAUCAUGUCCACUGUGGUUGUGGUUAUCGUGUCAUUGUUGUUCUGGCCCGGAUAG